AGAAUUAAUUAAGUACAUCCUUCAUCAAUCAUCAUAUCAGAACAGAAAUUUCUGUAAACCCAUCCAUGUCCAAAAGAAGGCUGAGAAUCAAACAUGAAGGAAUUGAACCCAUCAUUUGUUGCCUGCCUUCUUAUGCUUCUUCUUCUGCUUUUGCCACAUCAACAUGUAUCUCACUCUGAUUUUGCAUCUGUAAUCCAACUCACUUGUAGAAACAAACUGGAACAUAAUACCACCAGUUAUGUCCCAAACUUAGUCGAUGUGCUUGAAAGCAUUUCUAAGCAAAUAACAAAUCAGGGGUCAGGACUUUUUACAAAUGGCUUAGGACCGGAUGCUGUGUAUGGAUUAGCGCAAUGCUAUGGAUAUCUUUCCUUACAUGAUUGUGUAUUGUGUUAUGCUGAAGCUCGCACUGUACUACCUCAGUGCUUUCCUUUCAAUGGGGGAAGGCUUUAUCUUGAUGGUUGUUUCAUGCGAGUCGAAAAUUACCCCUUCUUUAAAGAGGCAUUAGGACCAGAGGACACGCAUGUUUGUGGAAACAGCACUAGACAUUCUGUGUUUGGAGAGACAGUUAGGAGGGCAGUGGUGCAAGCGGUUUCAAAUGCGUCUAACAAUACUGAUUAUGCAAAGGUUGAGUUGCCUGUUUCUGGGAGGAACAACGAGACUGUUUAUGUUGUAGCAAAUUGUUGGAAGAUUAUGGAUAAUUGCGGAGAAUGUUUGGGGAAUGCAUCUAGGUCUUUGCUGCAAUGCUUGCCUUGGUCUGAGGGUCGAGCUUUGUACACUGGAUGCUUCAUGAGGUACUCGGACACCAACUUUCUUGAUUCCACUAAUGGGGGCUUAAAUGGCACUAAUGGUGGCUUGUCAAGAGGUAGGACAAUUGAUCUUCAUUCCACUAAUGGAGGCUUAAAUACAACUAAUGGUGGCUUAUCCAGAGGGAAAGUAAUAAUCAUUGUCGUUGCAGUAGUAUGUUCGGUAAUAGUUUGGAUUGUAAUUGGUCUUUAUAUCAAGCUCAAAAGAAUGGAGAAGAGAAAAGGAUCAAAUGGUGCCCAAAAAUUAGCAAUGUUGCUUCGUGAUAGCAGCUUAAACUUCAAGUAUUCUAUACUUGAGAAAGCCACAGGGUCUUUUGAUGAAGCCAACAAGCUUGGGCAAGGUGGAUUUGGUUCAGUUUACAAGGGUGUUCUACCAGAUGGUAGAGAGGUUGCCGUCAAAAAGCUGUUGUUCAAUACCACAAAACGAGCACAAGAUUUCUACAACGAAGUCAACAUUAUUAGCAGUAUUGAGCACAAAAAUCUUGUCAAGUUGUUGGGGUGCAGCUUUUCUGGUCCCGAAAGCCUUCUUGUAUAUGAGUUGCUUCCAAAUAAGAGUCUUGAUCAAUUCAUUUUUGAUCCUGAAAAGGGUAAAAUACUAAACUGGAAUAAGAGAUUCAACAUCAUCACUGGAAUUGCAGAAGGCUUGAUCUACCUCCACGAAAACUCAAGGAAACGCAUUAUACACAGGGAUAUAAAAGCCAGCAAUAUCCUGUUAGACUCGAAGCUCCAUGCCAAGAUAGCUGAUUUCGGAUUAGCUAGAUCUUUUCAAGCGGACAAGAGCCAUAUAAGCACUGCUAUUGCCGGAACAUUGGGGUAUAUGGCUCCGGAGUAUGUGGCUCGUGGACAGCUGACAGAGAAGGCAGAUGUUUACAGCUUCGGAGUACUAUUACUGGAAAUUGUGGCCGGAAGACAGAAUAACAAGUGCACAACUCCUGAAUACUCUGCCAACUUAGUUAACAUAGUUUGGGUGCAUUUCCAGCAAGGGACAGUGGAGGAACUAUUUGAUCCAAAUUUGAUGUUGCAUAACUGUGGGAAUAGCGUUAGAAGUGAGGCAUCGAGGGUGGUUCAUGUAGGGCUCUUAUGUACCCAAGAAAUUCCAUCACGGAGGCCUUACAUGUCCAAGGCAUUAGAGAUGUUGAUGAAAAAGGAUGAACAUUUACCUACACCCACUAAACCGGCCUUUACAUAUGAGAAAUCUAUAGAACUUUGUGAGGCUGCUGGGCUUAGAGAAGGUGAUGGUGCUACAAAUGCUACCAUUUCCCAGAGCUCUUUCUAUCCCAGAUGACGAUUUAUUGGCAUGAAAUUGGCUGAGUUGACAGCAAAUGCUUUAUUACAUGAAGUGCGUUUACAUUUUCGUAUCGAAAAUGUCUUCAAAUGAUUCUUUGGAGUUGUUUAAGAGAUUGUAAUAGAGAAAAAUGAGAUAUACAGGGAAAUGUAAUGC